GCCGGCGCCCGGCACUGGGGCGAGGAUGCCGCGUGCGGACGACGAGGCGUUCCAGAGGUUCCUCGACGACUCCGUGGACGACGACAGCUUCCACCUGGACGACGCUCAGCACCCGGGCGGGCCGCGCGGGAGCUUCGGCUUCGACAGCGCCUACACGGGCGGGGCCGGCCGCUUCGGGCAGGCGGCCGCGGCCAGCAGGGCCAGCGGAGGUGACCGGCGUGCGUCCGCGGGCAGCGCGGUGGGCCGGAGCGGCGGCCUGUCGGCGCUGGAGAGGAGCGAGAUGAUGCUGAGGGCAAGCGGCGCGAGGGGCGGCUCCUUCGAAGCCGACGAGUACGGCGCAGGGCGGCACAGCGCGAGCGGCUUCGCCGCGGGCGGCUACGGCGCAGAGAUGGGCGGCGACCCCCUCGCCCACAUCAACCUGGACGCGGUGCCGGCGCCGCACAGGGCGGAGAACUUCAAGACCAAGAAGCAGCUGGACGAGAUGCGGGCCUCCAAGCAGAGCGAGGCCUCCAGGCUCAGCGAGGCCUCCAGGGCCUCGGCCAAGAGCAAGGCCGGCGCGAGCGCUGGGCCGGGCCGGGCAAGGCCGGAGCGCUCCCGCUCCCCGGAGCCCGCGGCGGUUGCGGCCAGGGCGUCCGGCAGCGCCACGGACUCCGAGGAGCAGAGCAUGGAACAGACUCAGACCUCGGCCGAGCCUGGGGGGGUGUUCGCGGCCUUCAAGACGAUGCUGCAGGAGACCGAAACGGUGGAGCAGAUGGAGAAGAAGCACCAGGCCGAGGAGGCGAUGCGGAAGAUCCAGGAGCUGACGCGGAAGCGGCAGGAGGGCGAGGAGGCGGCUCGGCGCAGGGCCGAGGCCGACGGGAGCGCGUCGCCAGAGCAGGGCCAGGCCCAGGGCCAGGCCCAGGGCCAGGCGCCCGCCGCCGAGGCGGCCGCGCCCGCGCCCGCCGCGGCCGCGCCCUCGCCCGCGGCCAGCUACGCCGCCCCCUCCGCCUCGCCGCCCGCCUCGGCGGGGCGCCCGGGGUCCAGGACGCCGCCCGCGCGCAGCGCCACGCCGCCGACGCCGCCCGCGGCCGCGCGCGGCGCCACGCCGCUCGGGGGCAGCCGGCAGGCCAGCCCCGCGCCGCCCCCGGAGGCCGAGUCGCCGAUGGCGCCGCCGCGUCUGGGCCCGGCGGAGCCCUCGCAGCGCCUCGCCAGCACGCCCCAGUUCUCCCCCGCGCCGCCCACCGCCAGCUCCAACAGCCUCACGCUGAUGGCGUCGGUGGUGCACGCGCCGGGCGAGAUGGCCGCGCUCGGCGGCACGGGCCUCGGGGACCCGCGCGCCUCGGUCCAGGCCAGCUCCUCGGAGGUGCCCUCGGCCUCGCCGCCGGGGCCCUCGCCGGCGCGCGGGCGUGCGGCGUCCGGGUCCCCGCGCGCCGUCGGCGAGGCGCCGCAGCCGUCACCGCACGCGUCGCCCCCUCUGCAGCCUUCCCAGCCGCCGCUGCGGCUGCCGAGCGGCGAGGACAGGUUCCGGAUGAUGGGCACCACCGAGCUGCUGCGCACGCAGGACUCCACGGCCGAGGAGCGCAACGCGCUCCUGCGGCACCCGCAGCCGGGGCCGCCGGCGGAGGACCUGACGCCGCACCCAGGCGCCCGGGCCCUCGAGGCUUCCACGCCUCACUCAGGGCCGUCGUUGAGCACCCUGCGGCCAGAGGACAUACAGCGAAGCCGCGCCGCGCCGGCCGGCGGCCACACGCCCCCCGCACCAGCUGCCAAGCAGGGGGACGUCCACCUGGAGGUGCUUGGCCUCCGCCAGAAGAUAGCGCUGCUGGAAGAGGACAAGGCGGAGCUGCAGGACUACCGCAGGCGCACCUUCUCAGAGGUGGCGCAGCUCAGCCAGAAGGUAGUGCGACUCGAGCACGAGAACCAGAGGCUGAAGGACACCGCCGACGGGAGGACGUCAGAGCUCGCCGCCAUGCUGAGAGAGUCAGAGGCAGCGAGGCUGGAGCUCGAGGAGCGGGUCCGGGUCGCGGAUGCAGAGCUGGCGCAGAGGGCCGCGAAGGCGGCCCUCGACGCGGCCAGCGCCGAGGGCAGGCAGGGGGGCUUGGCGGAGAGGCUCCAGAGGCUGGAGACAGAGAACGCGGCGCUCCGCGAGGAGCGCGACACGCUCCGCGACGACCUCGCCCUGGGCCCCGCGAUCCUCUCGGCCUCGGGGAGGCGGGCCGCCGCCCCGGCGCGCGCCAGCCAGGGCGCGGCCGAGGCGGCGGGCGCGGCCGCGCCUGGCGGCGAGGCGGCGGAGGAGGUGGCGAGGUUGCGGGCGGAGCUGGAGCAGACCGCCAAGAUGCUGCGCGGGUGCGAGAAGGAGAACGAGAACCUGGCGCAGCAGAACCGGCAACUGCGCCAGAGCGCGCGGCUGCGCCGCGAGGAGGUGGACGGCAGGCAGCUGCAGCUCGUGGCGGAGCUGAACGCCGCGAAGAGCGAGGCCGAGACGAACCCGGCCAGCAUGCGCCGCAUGGCAGAACUGGAGCGGGAGCUGGUGGCGUCCAAGGAGCGUGCCGACGAGCACGCGCGCGAGCUGGAGCGGUGCCGCGAGGCGAAGCGCCAGCUCGAGAGGGAGCUCCUCACGGGCCCGCCGCCGGCGCAGAGGGCGCCAGAGCCUGGGCAGUUGCCCGAGGUGCGCGCCGCGCGGGACAAGGCAGAGGCGGAGGUCGCGGAGCUCCAGGAGAAGCUGCGCUGGUACGUGGAGGGCCAGCAGAGGAUGGACGAGGACCGGCUGGAGGUGGAGCGCGCCGGCGAGGAGGUGCGGGCCCUGCGGGCCGAGAACGCGGAGCUGCGCCAGCGCCCGGGCGCGAAGGAGGCCAACCGGCGCGUGGCCGAGCUCCGGAAGCAGGUGAGCGAGCUGCACGAGUGCCUGAAGACGCGCAACCCGAAGGGCAUACUGUCGCUGAUGAAGGCGUGCGAGCAGCCGCCGCCCGAGCGGCGCGUCGUGCGCGACCUGACCGCCAAGGUGGAGGAGCUGGAGGCCAAGCUCGCGGAGCGCGACGCCACGUACGAUCGCAAGGUGCGCGGUCUGCGCGCCCAGUACGACCACCUCCGGUACGAGUACGAGAAGCGUUUGCAGACGGCGCAGGCCGGAGGCGCCGACGCGAAAGGGCUGCAGGCGGGCGCUUCUUGGGUGCCAGCUGGCGCAGCCCAGCACGAGGAGGCGAAGCGCGGGGCCCCUGACAGGGAGGCCGUGCUGGCCGCCCGCGUCCACGACCUGGAGCGCCAGGUCGAGCACACCAAGUCGUACUACCUGUCCAAGCUGCGGACCCGGGAGCCGCUGGUGCCGAAGCCCUCGCGCCCCGCGCCCAGCGGCGCGGCGCAGGCGCGUGAGGCGGAGCUCCAGGCGGCCCUGCGCCAGAGGGACGCGCGCAUCGAGGAGCUGUCCAGGGCCCUGCACUGGCGCGACAUGGACGGGCUCGAGCGGCUGCAGGGCGGCGCGGCGCCGAGGGCCGCCGGCGAAGCGCUGGCGGCAGGCGACGCGGGCACGCUGCGCGCGUUCCUCGCGUCCCCAGAGGCGCCCCCGCUGGUGGCCGUGUGCGCGGAGGUCCGCGCGAUGGCGCACGCGGCGCGGCGGGGACGCUUCGAGGACGUGGCGGCGCAGGCGAAGGCCCUGCACGUCUUCUUCGCGGCGGAGGAGGCGGCGGCCGCCGCCGUGGCGGCCGAUGGCCCCGCCAGCGGCGCGGCCGUCGGCCGCGACGCGCUGCGGCUGGAGGCCCAGCCGCCGCUGCCCGGCCCCGUGUGGGCGCAGUGGCGCGGCCUGAACGCGCAGCUGGCCGGCGCGGCCAGCGAGGCCUGCGCGCGGGGCGGGGCCGACCCGGACGGCCAGGUCGCCGGGGCGCUGCUGGCCAUGCGCGGAUGCCUCGAGGAGGUCGUCCGCAGCCUGGUCCUGGAGCCCGCGGGCGGGCAGAGGGCCGGGCGGCUCGGGGGGCCCCGCCCGGCGUGGGGGGGCGGCCCCGCCGCGGAGUCGCUGCUGCCACGGCUGCUGCUCGAGCGCGCGCGGGAGGAGGUGGACGCCGCCGGCGAGGGCCACGCCGCGGCCCUGCUGGAGGACGCGGAGGUGCACGCUGGCCUCGACCACAAGCUGCCCUGGGCGGAGCUCGCCGGCGUCCUGUCCCGCAGCGGCAUCGGCAGCGCGCAGCUGGCGGCGGACUGCCACAGGGCCGCCGUGCCGGACUGGAGCCUCGCAGUGUCCGAGCUGCGCGAGCUGCUCGGCGCCGGGAGGCCCGACCGGCUGCCGCGGUCGCCCUGCGGCUGCCUCGCGCGGGCGCUGGAGCGCGUGAGGGCGGUCGCGACGGGUCACGAGCCCCCGCUGCCUGUCGUGUUCGGGCGCCUCGACGCCAGCGGCGGGGGGUUCUUGCAGCGCCAGGACUUCAUGGAGGCCCUCCGAGGCGUGCGCUGCGCCCUCUCGCUGGAGGAGCGCGCGCAGCUGGCGGUCUUCUUCUCCCCCGCCGCCGACCCCGAGCACGUCUGCUACCAGCUGUUGCUGCAGAGCGUCGUGCCGCCUCCGGGCCAGAGCGCCGCGCCGCCCGGCGACCGCGCGGCCGCUGCGUCCUGGGGGCAGCCGGCGCGCUGGGCAGCGCAGCGGGUCCAGGGCCCGGGCGUGGCGUGGGGCGCGGAGGCCGCGCGGACAGAGGCGCUGGCUCGGGCCGCGGAGCUGGAGGCCGAGAACAUCGACCUGCAGCAGCGGGCGCGCGGGCUGGAGGCGCGCCUGGCCGAGCAGGAGGCGCUGCUGGCGCAGACGCCCGCGCAGGCGGUGCGCCGGCUGCAGGGCAACGUCGCGACGCUGGAGAGCCGCAUGCUGGAGCAGCAGGUGGCGCUGUCGGCCACCGCGCGCAAGGCCGAGAUCACGCUCCGGGGGGAGCUGGACGUCUCCAGGCACCAGGCCGAGGAGCUCCGCAGGGCGCUGGCAGGGAAGGACCGCGAGCUCGAGCGCUACAGAGAGGAGCUCGAGGCGAUCCUUGGGGAGCUUAGCACGCUGCGGGGCCACGGCGCCGCCCGCACUCGCAUGUAG